AUGAAGGCACAGUCGCGCGUGGACAUUUGCCAAGUCACCUCUGAGUCGUCUGAGUCGUCUGCAGCGGCGACGGCGUCGCCGGCCACGUACUGCAUCUGCCAGCAGGCGUACGACGCGAACAAGUUCUACAUCUGCUGCGACCGCUGCCAGGGCUGGUUCCACGGUCGAUGCGUGGGCAUCACUUCGGUGGUGGCGGAAACCAUUGACGACUACAUCUGUCCGCAAUGUGAGGGCGACAACAGCAUCAACUACCGCAAUAUUAAGGAGCUCUCCGCUGAAGACUACCAAGCGCUGAUGAAAAUUGUUAAAUCAAUUCAGGGUCACGUGCAGGCUCAGCCCUUCUUGAGACCUGUUUGCAAGAAGAAAGUCCCUGACUACUAUACCGUUAUCGAAGAACCAAUGGAUUUAAAGACAAUUGAAACCCGCCUGAAGAAUAAGAUUUACAAAUCAUUCGCAGAGUUAAAUUACGAUAUGAACAAAAUAUUUGAUAACUGCCUAAUUUACAAUGGCCGCACUUCGCAUUACUCUCACUAUGCGGAAACACUGAAGGAGAACUUCAACGAACUGGUGGACGAGUUUCGCGAGAAUGACAGAUGA